AUGGGCUCGCAGCUGGAUGCAAACUCCAGCGCUGUGCGCAAACGGAUAGAAAACCAUAGCUUCAAUGGCGAGGAGGGCGAAGAGUAUGAGGCAUCUAGCUUUGGUGGAUUUUCCGAUUAUAUGCGGCGCAAGAAGAUCAAACUGCAAAACCUAGAUGCAGAGAUACGCGCCUCAUCCGCGGACAACCCCCCCAUCUUCCGAGGCGUGGUUGCGCAUGUCAACGGCUACACGCAACCAUCUCUGCAGGACCUCCAUCAUCUUAUAGUGAGCCAUGGAGGUGGAUUUGUCCAGUACCUGGAGUCCAAGACUGCGGCGACACACAUCAUCGCCAGCUCGCUGACUCCGAAGAAGCGCGAGGAGUUUCGCAGAUAUCGCAUUGUCAAGCCGGCUUGGGUGGUUGAGAGUGUUCAAGCAGGGCGGAUGCUUCCCUGGGAGCACUUCAAGGUGGUGGAUGAGGGACAGACUCAGAAAGUGCUUAAGUUCAAUAGCGGACGUCUGCUUAGCCAGACGAAUAGUCCUCGAACAGGGUACAAUGAUCAAACUAGCUCGAGCUGGUACACGUCGCAAUUGAAACUCCCAAUUGAACGAAAGGAUACAGCCCCUCGGUCCACGCCGCCGGAGACUACCGGAAACUCGGACGAACCUCUAAAUGCAACGAGUCAGUCUGAUUAUGGCGAAUUUCCGAGUUUCAGUGCUCUUGAUGAACGACAACAGCCAUCAGAUGAUGUACAAGGUAACGAGUUACCAGACUCCAGACCAAGCGUCGAUCUUCCGGAACAAAUUGGAGCACGAAGCUUUUCUCCGACAUCUCCGAAUAAAGCAAAACAAACACCUUCAUUGUCUCCCAAGGUGCCUACUUUAAAACCAGAUCUGACAUCCGAAGAAUAUAACGCACAGCUCCUGAAUGAUCCCCGUAUGAGGGGUUCAAGCGUUGUUAACCCAGAAUUCCUCCAGCAGUACUACAGAGAGUCCCGCUUGCACCAUCUUUCAGCAUGGAAAGCUGAGCUAAAGGCCCAGCUCCAAGUGGCAGCAAAAGAAAAAACAAUAUCUCAAGCGGGCAAAAAGAAGCGUGCUCCAGGGGCCAGGCGAUACAUUCUUCACGUUGACUUUGACUGCUUUUUUGCGGCAGUAUCAACGCUCAAGCAUCCGGAGCUGAGCGGGAAACCGGUUGCCAUCGCUCAUGGUACGGGUACUGGCUCUGAGAUCGCCAGUUGCAACUAUGUAGCACGGUCCCAUGGCGUCAAAAACGGGAUGUGGAUGAAGGGCGCCCUACAAGCAUGUCCUGAGCUGCAAGUGCUACCUUACGAUUUCUCCGCUUACGAGGAUGCAAGUCGCAAAUUUUACAGCGCUGUAUUGGCUAUUGAUGGUGUUGUCCAGAGUGUCAGUAUUGACGAAGCCUUGGUGGACAUAACCUCCUCUUGCCUGGAAGCCGGAGGCACGGAUGGCAGGGGUAUAUCCGAAGGGUCUAUCUAUCGUGAACAACUCAAGGCGGAUGAAAUCGCCCAAAGUCUACGGGACUCAGUAAAAGCCACCGCUGGCUGUGCAGUUUCUGUCGGUAUCGGUGGCAAUAUCCUACUAGCAAAGCUUGCGCUGCGAAAAGCCAAACCUGCUGGACAAUUCCAGCUGAAACCUGAGGCCGUGCUUGAUUUCAUCGGUAACCUCACGGCUCAGGAUCUACCGGGAGUAGGAUACAGUCUUGGAACAAAAAUGGAAGAUCUAGGUGUCAAAUUCGUCAAGGAUAUCAGGGAUAUUUCUAAGGAAAGGCUGCUUUCCAGCUUGGGACCAAAGACAGGUGCAAAGCUGUAUGAUUACGCUCGUGGUAUCGACCGAACAGAAGUUGGGAACGAGGUCCUCAGAAAGUCCGUUUCCGCUGAAGUCAACUGGGGUAUUCGAUUUGUGAGUCAAGCUCAAGCUGAAGAUUUCGUGCAAUCUUUGUGUGCAGAGUUGCACCGGAGAUUAGUUGAGAAUCUUGUGAAGGGCAAGCAAUUGACCCUCAAAGUCAUGCGACGAGCUGCGGACGCACCAUUAGAGCCAGUGAAACAUCUGGGACAUGGCAAGUGUGACGUCUUCAACAAGAGCAUUAUUCUUGGGAUUUCCACCAAUACAAAAGAAGUCCUCGGAAAAGAAGCAGUCACUAUGCUCCGGAGCUUCAAUAUCUCGCCAGGCGAUCUGCGGGGCUUAGGUGUGCAAAUGACCAAACUAGAACCACUUAAAUCCGGCGACGCAGAGAAACCUGAAAGCAGCCAGCAACAACUUAACUUCAAGGCAUCGCCAGCCCGGAAGCGCAUGGAGCAUACCGUCGACCCCGACAACUUGGAGAGUCCUCACAAAGGGGAAUCAGAGACAGUCACAUCAAUCACCCACAACCCAGCAUUAGACAGCGGCCACAAGCGGUUGAAUAUCUCUGGUACUCAGUUCGUCCUACCAUCUCAGCCUGAUCCCGAGGUCGUCGCAGAACUUCCAAAUGAUAUCCGGUCGAGACUGAAAGCGCAAGCCAAACCUGUACGAGAUCCGCGGCCCACAUCUCCCUGUCCUCCGCCUCGUCAAGUCCAGGCGCCUGCAACAGAACUUCCCCCUCAAUCUCAACUUGAUCCCGAGACUUUGGCAGCCUUACCGGAAGAUGUGCGUGCUGAGGUUCUAGGUUACUACAAUCAAUCCACUAGGGACAUCACGCCGCAGCCUUCAACAUCUAGCGCACCCCCAGCACGCCCUCUAUCCACAGGUCCCUCGAGAAUCCAAAAGCCCCCGACACCAAGUAAAAAGCGCCGUGGCCGCCCUCCGAUCAAGACAUCCGGCAACAUGACCCUUACACAAAGCUUCGUCCGGGCACGGCCCCCAACCGCGAGCAACGCCAGUGGGCCCUCGAGACAAUUUACCCCUCCAGCAGAACACCCAGAGAUAUCAGAAGACUUCCUCGCCGCCCUCCCGGAAGACAUCCGCCGUGAGGUUCUCGAAGAUCACAAACGUAAUACCCGUUUGCAACAACGCCCCUCGAAUGCAAAUGUGGCUGUCUCAGCCCCUCGACGAGUAAUCCAACCCAAACCACGUAGUCAACAAUCUGCACAAAGGCGCCUCCAUCUUCCCCCGCUCCCGGAACGGCCUACAUUCACGUCAAAGAAGCUUUCAAAUGUAUCAGACCUUCGCGCUGCAGUUGGUGCCUGGCAUGCUGUUUUCGCAGACGAGGGUCCCUUCACUGAGGACGUGACAUCGCUCUCUCGGUAUUUGCAGCGCGUCGUCGUCGACGAGAAGGACGUAGACAAGGCUGUGUCGGUGGUCAACUGGCUCGCGUGGUUGGUUGAUGACGGACGUGAGAGUGAAGAGGCUCUGGAGAGUAAGCGACCGAAGGUACCUGAUAGUCCUCGCGAUUCUGUGACGUGGGAUGGUGCUCUUCAGUCUCUGCGGGUGGAUUUGAAUAAUGCUGUUGAGGAGAGGGGGUUGCCGCCUGUGGAAUUUGAUUAA